AUGGCAGCCCCCGGCGGUGCACGGAGGUGGCAACUCGUCUUGCUACUGCUCGUGUUAGCAGGCCUCACACAUGGUGCAUCUUCAAUCUUUGAGGUGAAAAAUAAUGAAACAGCUUGCAUAAUGGCCGACUUCUCUGCUGCCUUCCUCGUAAACUAUGAGAGCAAGAGUGGUCUUAAGAAUGUGACCAUUGACCUACCAUCUGAUGCAAAAGUUGUGGAUAAUAGCAGCUCCUGUGGUAAAGAGAACACUUCUGUACCUAGUCUAGUGAUUGCAUUUGGAAGAGGAUAUACGUUGACACUAAACUUUACGAGGAAUGCAACACGCUACAAUGUCCAGAUGCUAAGUUUCACAUAUAACCUGUCUGAUUCAAGUCAUUUUCUCAAUGCAAGCUCUAAGGGAACCAAGACUGAAGUCUCCUUGCUAACUGACAUCAAGGCAGACAUCGAUAAAAAAUACAGAUGCAUGAGCCACAGCCAGAUACACAUGGAUAAAGUGACAGUCACAUUUCAUGAUACAACCAUUCAAGCAUAUCUUUCACAUGGUAACUUCAGCAAGGAAGAGACACGCUGUAAGCAAGAUGAAACCACCCCAACAACAGCACCGAGUCCCAAGCCUACUACCACUCCAUCCCCUUCUCCGGUGCCGCAGAACCCCUUGGUGCAUAAGUACAAUGUGAGCUCCGGUAAUGAAACUUGUCUACUUGCCAGCAUGGCAUUACAGCUGAACAUCACCUAUGAGAGAAAGACUAAUGGGACUGUGACGAAAGUGUUCAACAUCAACCCAAAUGUGACCAAAGCUGUCGGCAGCUGCAGCCCUAGUUUGGUGACUCUCGAACUCUACAGUGAAAACAAUACGACUGUGCUGCUUUUCCGCUUUGGAUUGAAUACAACGUCUAACCAGUUUUUCCUACAAGGAAUCCAGUUAACUACAACGCUUUCUGACGCCAAAGACCCUGCUUUUAAGGCUGCCAAUGAGUCACUGAGGGCACUUCAAGCCACUGUUGGGAAUUCUUACAAAUGUAAUGCGGAGGAGAGCAUUCAAGUUACACAGGCAUUUUCUGUCAACAUAUUCAGCGUUUGGGUCCAGGCUUUCAAGGUGGAGGGCAACGAGUUUGGCUCUGUGGAAGAAUGUCAGCUGGAUGAAAAUAACAUGCUGAUCCCCAUUGCUGUAGGUGGCGCCCUCGCAGGACUUGUCCUCAUCGUCCUGAUUGCAUAUCUCAUUGGCAGGAAGAGAAGUCAUGCUGGGUAUCAGACGAUUUAG